CACUAUGUCCCUAACGUCGGCGCUACUAAACGCCAACGCCGCGGCCGCGGCCGGCGCAGGGAAGAAGGCAGCGCAGGUGCAACUGCAAGCCGAGCUCAACACAGAUGAAGAGUGGACCAAGUUCGUGCAACGAGAUGGAUUGUUAGUAGUGGACGUGUAUUCCGAAUGGUGUGGGCCCUGCAUCGGCAUGGUGGGCAACCUGAAGAAGAUUAAGGUGGAGAUCGGAGGUGACAACCUGCACUUAGCGGUGGCGAAGGCAGACACCAUCGACUGUUUGAAGCGUUUCCGGAACCACAGCAAGCCAACCUGGAUGUUUAUAGCCGCCGGCCAGCUGGUGAACAUAAUAUUCGGCGCUGACGCUCCCCGUAUCGCGCGUACCAUCGAACAGGAGCUAAAGAAUGAGGAGUUAGCCAAGAAAGGGGAACGAGAGCGGCCUCAGCGGGCCCCUCACGAAUUAACUCCCGAGGAACAGGAGGUGGCUCAAGCUCAAGAAAAACUAAUCGCCGAACGACGAGAACGCGAACGCGCCGCGGCGGCAGCUGAGCGCGAAGAACGUCGCGAAACACGUGCGCGUCGUGUUGAUCAGCAUUUCGCAGAUGUGUGUGCUGGUUUAUUGCUCCCGCAUGCCCAAAAAUAUCUGCGGAAGGUGUCUGAUGCUUUGGAGCCUUAUGGAGUCCUAGUCGCCGACAAAUGUCCCCUCCUCCUUAGCAAGAUAGAAGCACGUCGGUUGGCGGUGGAAGAACCAGAGAUGGGCGAGCCAGCAGCAGUGGCCGCGCUCACGGAGCGACCCUCAUUGGCUUUGCUGUUAAAGAAACAACCCGAUAAGGAAGGGGAUAUUAUAGAGAUCUGCCGCCGAGUGUUAUAUGGCGAUGGUUUGGAGGAAGAAGAACGCCCGAAGAAGCUGGUGUGUGAUGAGCUCCGUCUGGGCAGAGUGCCGGGGAUAUAUGUGCCAGCGGACAGGCAACAGCGGGCCGCGGUGCUGGAACUUCUGUUCCCUAAGAUGGUGGGCGCCCUAGUGGAGCCGCUCCCCCCUCCCGCAGCCCCGCACGUGGCCAUGAUGUUCGGCGCGUGGCAGCGGCGCGCCGUGCUGACGGCCGCGGCCAAGUACGCUGCCCGGGUCUUGAAACACGGCUUCUUUGCAGACCCAAACGUGGCGGAACCGAGGCUGCUGUGUAAAACUGCGAACCAGUACGAGGACAGGCUGGACAAGGACUACUGCGAAACCAUAGUCCUUGAAAUAGCCGUAGGCCUCGCAGAACCUGAACUAGCGGACCCCGCCGACCUCUUCCCACCCGGCCCUCCUGCUGAGUUGCUCGCCCUCGGCCCCAUACACGUCAGUGUAGACGCUGUGGAAGGCGCGCUGGAGUGCGUGAGGUUCUUCCCGUCGGGGUACUGCGAGCCAGAAGAGAAGCCGAAGCCAAAGACUAAGAAGAAGAAGAAGAAGCGUCAAGGCGAGAAUAAAGAAGAGGCCGUAGACCCCGCCCUCUCGGCCGCUCCGUCUUCAGAAGGCGAGGCUUCUACCGAGGCCGAGGCCGCCGAAGACGAGCCCGACCAGGACGAGGCCGACGACGACGAGGUGGCCGUGGAUAAAGCUACUUCCCCACCGCCGAUGGCUGAAUAG